CUUCUGCGCUGGGCCUCGUUACAAAUAUCGACCUAAUUCUAACCGGUGGCCAUUGAUCUUUGAUAAAACGGAGUUUCUCGAGAACUCUCAUAUUCCCAAGCCGGAUCAUCCAAUGAUGCCUAGGGUGUUUUCGUAAUGCGAAGCUGGAAACAGUAGUAAGGUUGACCCAGUUUCGAGAAGAUUUAGCGACGACAAAAGGUAAUGACAGCUGGUAGCAAGCGCAAAGGACUACUUGGGAUUGCCGACCCAAACAAGGCCCAAGUUCGCGGAGCAUGGUUCGUGAAGAGUGGAGCUUAUAAACCGUUUCAGGCACUCGAAUUCUGUGGGCUAGUCUUGACCUAUCAACCGAGGAGUGUGUUCAGACACGAUCGCUUGGCCAUCGCACAGCGAAUUCUGGACUCUCAACUACUCAGUGGCUGGCUCAGUCAUGGCGAGGCGCCCCAGGAUAGACAAUGGCAAAACAAAUUGCAACAUACUGAGGCCCAGAACCAGAUCAUAGAUGCACCUCAAGCAUAGCCCCCCUAUUGCCUCGUGACAUGCCUCUGAACCAUGUG